UUCAGAGCUUACUUGCCCGAAUAAGUUCUCUUGACAGAGAGAAUCAGAUACUAAGACAAAGCCAAAAGCAAACAGGCAGUUCAAGUGAAGAGGUUUCGGAAAGAGAGAACACAUUAAGGGAGAGGAGAUAUAGACCGAAGACGAGGAGUCCACUUCCACUGUGCCAUCCAGUAAUGCUCUCAAAAGAUGAAUUGCCAAAACCAGAAUGGAUGAGACUAGUUCAACAUAUGGAUGUAGCAGUUCCUAAAGCUUGGCUUGCACAAAUUCUGAUACAAUCAAAGACGAAAAAGCAAUCCAGACAAGAGUGUCCUGCAGAUCCAGGUAAGAUCUGUAGGGCACUUCUGGAUGGGUUGUUUGAGCCAGAAGAGUUGAGUGGAAAAGGUGGAUUGGGAUUCUACACCAAAGACAAAAAGAAAGGACCUAUUCUACUAGCAGUCAAGGGCUACACAGAAACAAUACUACAUUACAACAAUUUUACGAGAAUCUUUAAUGAAAAAGUUGCAGCGAAUAGGAACAUUAUUAAAAAAAUUGGAUUGGUAGACUAAUAUUAAGUAGAAGACUACAGUAAAUUUUUAAGACGCUCUAGAGACAGAACUCUAUGUAAGAAGGGAUUUUCAACUAUAGUGUUCGACGUUUGAACUUGUUCCGUACAUAAAUCUUUACGAUAUGAUGAUGCUCUAGAGACAUAUAAUAGAAGGGAUUUUCAAUUUAAGUGUCCGACGUUUGAACUUGUUCUGUAAAUACAUCUUUAUUAUAUGAUAAUGCUGUAUAG